UACCACUACCACCACCACCACUACCACUACUAUCACUACCACACACCAUCAACAUCACUAUCACCAUCACCGUCACCACCACCAAUAAGCGGCAGCAGUAGUCGUCGCGUGUCCCGCUUUACCACCUCCUCUUCUAUUUAGCGGCCGCUCCGCCGAUGCCGCAGUACCGACUGCUUUCCGCGGAAGGUGGAAACCCGUGUAACGCAACUAUACAUAUAUAGAUUUUCAAUUAGUCAAGUGAGCCGACCAGUAAGGAAGAAAAUUAUGUGCCAUCCCGAAGAAAGAAGUUACACUUAAAGGCUUUAUCGUCUUUCAUCGACGAUCCUCCAUGUUAUACAAGUUCAAGAGAAGGAAAGGAUCGAUCCGCUACAAGGAAAAGAACGCAGACGAGAAGGUGGACGAGGACGAGGAAAAACGCGCGCGUUAAUGUCCUCUAAAAGAAUAGGAGAACGGGAGAAAAGGAAAGGCCACGUUGGAACCAUGAAAAGAAUAAGGGUAUCGUGAGAGAUAGUUGUUCUCUUCCCUAUUUCGUGGAAAAGUCCAUGAUCGGUUCAACGCCGCGCCGUCCUGGAGAAGGAGAAGCAUUCGCGAGAGGAUGCUGCGCUACGUGGACUCGUUUCGUACGACCCUACCCUCGAGACUAAUUCUUCUCUCCCUAUUACAUAUUUAUUCAGAUAUAACGGCCCUUCGCAUGACGACCCUACAAAUACCGCAACACGUCGUGUUCAACGAAACGAUUCGUAUGCAGUGCAACUUUAGCCUGGACAACGAGCUGCUGUAUUCGGUGAAAUGGUACAAAGAUGGUCAUGAGUUUUAUCGAUACGUUCCGAAGGACGAGCCGACGGUACAAAUUUUUCCCGUCGCUGGCGUAAACGUGAACACGCAUCAUUCCACGGAAAGAUCCGUCGUCUUGAAUAACGUGGAUCUCUCCAGUUCCGGGAGGUAUCGAUGCGAGGUGUCGGCCGAAGCGCCAGCUUUUCAAACCGUUUCCGAUCAUGCCGACAUGACGGUAGUCGUCCUACCGAACGAAGGCCCUUUAAUAUCGGGUGGUCGAUCGAGAUAUCAGGUCGGCGACGUCGUUCGUCUUAAUUGUACAUCUGCGCCCUCGAAGCCAGCUGCCCUAUUGACGUGGUUCAUUAAUGGCGAAUCCGCCGACGCGCAAUACUUGAAAGGUCCGCAUAUUACUGCUGUCGACGCGAGAGGAUUGGAAACGGCGGUUUUAGGUUUGGAAUUUCGAGUUGCCAGUAAACACUUUAAAAGAGGCGACAUGAAGCUGAAAUGCUUGGCAACGAUAGCCGCUGUCUAUCUUCAAAGUAACGAGGAGAGCGUUGAAGGGGACGAGCGAAUUUUGAAAGCUCCAGUAAUGGAGAGCCGCGAAACCAGAGCACAGAGUCAUAUUCGCAAUGACUUGAUCAAUGGAUGUUCAGCCGAAGCCUCGUUGAAAUGGAAAAUGCUCCUCUUAAGCGUAGGAAUCGUUUUUAUGCGAUAAUAAGUCGUCGCCGAUCCAUGUCGCUGCCGUCAACGCGCGAAGGAGUCGGAAAAAGAUUAUAUAAUAACAUAAACGACUAAGUCAAGAUACAUGUGUCAUUCCAUCGUAUCUAUCGUAUUCAAUCUUUAAUCCCCGCACAUACCCAAUGUAUCUAUUAAUAUCAUUACAUAUACGACGAGUACUUAUCUCUCUUCUCCGUGCGCGCUUCAUCGAUAAGUAAAAGUAAGUAUUGUACCUACGUACUACGUACUACGUAGUAUACUAUUAGGUACGUGACGUACCUACGUUUUAGGCUCUAAAUGUAUUUACAUGCACGCGCGUGAACAAUGAUAAAAGAAAAAGAAAAAAAAAAGGAAAAAAAAAAAAAGAGAAAA